UUUUUAAAUUUAAACUUGCUGCUCAUGCCUCGGCUGGUUUAACCUUUAGCUGACCUAGUUAUUGAACCAGGGCAGUGGGUAGCAGCUGAGGAAGUCAGUAUUUCUCCUUUGUUGAUUGCCAUUUACUGAGGAGCAAGCAGAAACUGGUACAAGGCUGGGUAACAUGCACAUAGAGGAGCUGGUGCUGUAUGCGCUGGGACCUCAGCGACUCCUGGUGUCCUCAGUCCUUCUGCACAACCAGCUUCAGGCCCUGAUUACAAAUGCACACCAAUCCAUGCACUCCCAUGGCAAGGGGGCUAGUGCAAUGCAGGGAUCGCUGGCCUGGCCUUCCAGCCAGAAGCCUCCUGUUCCUUGUUGCGUGUGCUACAGAAGGGGGAGUGACAUGGAGAUAAUCAGCAACCGGAAAAUUUCUGUGCAACCGUGCAUCACGACUGCGAGGAGCACAGACAAAGGCGUAUUUCAAAGGAGGAAGAAUAUGGCAUACCCACCCAGGCCACAACUGCUGAUGCUGUCUGUUCUUUUUGCUGCUGAGGGCUGAAGCUUCGUCAGCUUCCCUUCCCGUCCCGUCCAUGGGAGCCGUGACAUCAUCUCCAUGUUAUUCUGAAAUGAUGCCCAACAGUCCUGUCUCUUUCUCCUCAGACUUUAUUGAGAUAAACUACUAGUUUUUACUGUAGCAACUAAAGAAACCGAUGGCUUUCACCGUUUCAUGCGAACUGCAAAGCACUUCAACUACACAGUAAAGGUACUUGGAAAAGGUGAAGAGUGGAAAGGUGGUGAGCUGCCUAACUCUAUUGGUGGAGGGCAGAAAGUUCGACUGCUGAAAGAAGGCAUAGAAAGCUAUGCUGAUCAAGAGGACUUGGUUGUAAUGUUUGUUGAAUGCUAUGAUGUUAUCUUUGCGGGAGGCCCUGAAGAACUGCUAAAGAAAUUUCAGGAAACUAAUCAUAAAGUGGUGUUUGCAGCAGAUGGACUAAUUUGGCCAGAUAAAAGGCUAGCUGACAAGUAUCCUGUUGUCCGGAGUGGAAAACGAUUCCUGAACUCAGGAGGAUUUAUUGGUUAUGCUUCAUAUAUAAAUCGUAUUGUGCAGCAAUGGAAUCUGCAGGAUAAUGAUGAUGACCAGCUGUUUUACACCAAAAUCUAUGUUGACCCAUUGGCAAGGGAACGCAUUAACAUUACUUUGGACCACAAAUGCACAAUUUUCCAGACCCUAAAUGGAGCUGUUGAUGAAGUCCUUUUGAAAUUUGAAGAAGGAAAAGUAAGAGCUAGGAAUUCAGUGUAUGACACAUUACCGAUCACCAUUCAUGGAAAUGGUCCAACUAAAAUUCACUUGAAUUAUUUGGGAAACUAUAUCCCCAAUGCUUGGACACGGGAAACUGGUUGCAGUAUUUGUGAUUUAGACUUACUAGACCUGUCAACAGUAAUGGAAUAUCCAAGAGUAAAAAUUGGUGUUUUCAUUGAACAACCCACUCCUUUCCUACCUAAAUUUUUAGACAGACUGUUGACUCUGGACUACCCAAAGGAGGCACUCAGUAUCUUCAUUCAUAAUAAUGAGGUUUACCAUGAAAAGCACAUCAAGAAAUUCUGGGAAAAAGCCAAGAACAUUAUCAGAAAUAUAAAAAUUGUUGGACCUGAAGAAAAUCUGAGUCAAGCAGAAGCCCGGAACAUGGGAAUGGACCUUUGUCGCCAGGAUAAAGCAUGUGAAUAUUACUUCAGCAUAGAUGCAGAUGUUGUGCUGACAAACCCUAAAACUUUAAGAAUACUGAUAGAACAGAACAGAAAGAUAAUUGCGCCGCUUGUAACACGUCAUGGGAAGCUUUGGUCCAAUUUCUGGGGUGCUUUGAGCCCAGAUGGCUAUUAUGCUCGAUCAGAAGAUUAUGUUGCUAUUGUCCAAGGCAACAGAGUAGGAGUAUGGAAUAUUCCUUAUAUGGCUAAUAUAUACUUAAUUAAGGGACAAACUCUCAGAUCGGAGAUGAAAGAAAAGAACUACUUUAUGCGUGAUAAGUUGGAUCCUGAUAUGGCACUCUGCAGGAAUUCCAGAGAAAUGGGUGUUUUCAUGUACAUUACCAACAGACAUGAAUUUGGAAGACUUAUUUCUACAGCCAAUUACAAUACCUCCCACUACAACAAUGACCUCUGGCAGAUAUUUGAAAAUCCUGUGGACUGGAAGGAAACCUAUAUAAAUCCCAACUACUCAAAGAUCUUCACUGAUAAUAUAGUAGAACAGCCAUGUCCAGAUGUGUUUUGGUUUCCCAUAUUUUCUGACACUGCCUGUGAUGAAUUGGUAGAAGAAAUGGAACAUUUUGGACAAUGGUCUGGUGGAAAACACCAAGACAGCCGUAUUUCUGGAGGUUAUGAAAAUGUCCCAACUGAUGAUAUUCAUAUGAAGCAAAUUGGACUGGAUAAUGAAUGGCUGCAUUUCAUAAGAGAAUUCAUUGCACCAGUAACGCUAAAAGUCUUUGCUGGCUAUUAUACCAAGGGUUAUGCUUUAUUGAAUUUUGUUGUAAAAUAUAGCCCUGACAGACAACGGUCACUCAGACCUCAUCAUGACUCCUCUACAUUCACAAUCAACAUCGCUCUCAACAAAGUAGGAGAGGACUUUCAAGGAGGUGGAUGCAAAUUUCUUAGGUACAACUGCUCCAUUGAGUCUCCCAGGAAAGGAUGGAGUUUCAUGCACCCAGGAAGACUUACUCAUUUACAUGAAGGACUUCCUAUCUUGAAUGGCACAAGAUACAUUGCAGUAUCAUUUAUUGAUCCUUAAUUUUAUUUUUUUUCCCCUUCAGCAGUGUUUGUUUCUUUACAUAAACAUUUAUUUAUAGAUUUCUUCUGGAAGAUGGUGAUAAAAGAAACUUUAAGUUACUGUUCCUAGACAGCGAAGUUACUUUGGGCUAAAAGAAUGAAAAAAAGAAAACAUUCUAAAAUUGUUGAAGAUUUCUCAAUAUCUGCUCUGAGCCUUGAGUCACAAAGUAAACAUGUCCUGCUUGUUUUUCCAUUCUGCUGUCUUGAAGAGUAGCUAAGGAGGGAAAAUGCAAAAGCAUUUUCUAAUGAAUCAAUUUCUUUGUUGAAAAAAA